AUGCUCCCUGUUUGCUCUGCAAGUUCUAUCAGGUGCACCAGCGAAAAUCUUCCGGGUCAAGCUGCUAAAUAGCUAGCUAAAGCAAACUAAAACAAAAACCAAGCAAAUAAAUACAACUUUACGCUACGUGGAUAUUUAAAAAUACAUAUUUCUACAUAUAGUUGCAGUUGCUGCGCAUUUAACUUUAUAUUCAUGCUAGCGAACACAUUAGCUUCAACAGGUCCAAACAAGAAGGAGCUCAUGUUUCACCCGGACGGAUUAUGUCACGCUGUGGUUUCCGGUGGGAGGUAAACAGAAGUUUGACAUUGGUUGUAUUAAGCAGGAGUAAAAUAUGGUUUCACGGUCUUUAAACUCGAUAAAACAAUUAAUGAGAGCAAUGGUGGACACUCCGGGUUUCGACCGAGUGUUGAGCAAGGUGGACAUUUUGUCCGCCAGCCCGGGUAAGAUGGUGUGCGAGAUGCGGGUAGAGGAGGAGCACACCAACCGGGGAGGGACGCUGCACGGCGGGCUGACAGCCACCCUGGUCGAUGUCAUCUCCACCAUGGCGAUCAUGCACAGUGAGAGAGGAUCCCCGGGGGUCAGUGUGGACAUGAACAUAACAUAUAUGAAUGCUGCCAAGAUAGGAGAGGAGGUCGUCAUUACUGCUCAGGUUCUUAAGCAAGGACGGACGCUGGCGUUUGCCACUGUAGACCUCAUCAACAAGGCCACUGGGAAGCCUAUUGCACAAGGAAGACACACUAAGCACCUUGGCAGCAGCUAAACUGGCCCCACUGAUCCAUUUGUAAUAAAUACAUUAUCAUAUAUGUACUGUCAAAACAUGGGACUCUGAGAUAAAAACUAAACCAACGUUUGCCUGUAAAUAGUUUGAAAAGGUCACAUAUUGUGUAAAAAACAAGUGGUGAGUGAACGCCAUAAUACCACCCACUGCUGGUUACAACAGUUGAGUAUUUGUUAUCAACAGUCACAGAGGAAAAUGUAGGACUGUGGUCAGUCAAUUCUGAUGUUCUUACUGUAUUACUGACUCAUGCACAUGCAAUAAAAGAAAUGGACAAAGAGUUAUGCUUUCAGAAUUUGCAUUGUAUUGGGAUAUGCUCAGCAGUAUUGAUUUGAGAUUCAUCAACAGAAAAAAAUAACAGAAGUUACACGCCUUAUAAUCUUUGAACUGAACACACAGAAUCAACAAUGAGCAAAAUUAUAUGUGCUAUGUACUUAUUCUUUGACAAGCAAGCCUGCAAAACCCAAUUUUGAUUUAAAUGAGCAUGGCAGGAAAUAUCUUAAUUUUACUAGGUCAAAUUAAACUAAGAUCCAUUAGCUUUCAGCAACUUUUGUUAGGUAUGUUAAACAUUAAAUCUUACACAUCUCAGUUUCUCACCAACCCACAUCCCGAAUAAAACAAAAUGUAAAGUAUCAGAUUUCAGUAGCUUGAAUAGUGCACGAACGGCCAGCUUGAAUGGUGACAAUGACCUUCAUGUUUCACCUUUGUGUACAAUGCCUUUCAAGUAACUUGAGAUUUUAGCAAAGGCCUGCCUAGCGUGUUUCAGAGAAAAGCAAAUGACACCAAAACAUCUUUUAAAGUCCAGCGGAAAAAAA